AUGUUUCUGAAACUUUGUCUUGUUGUCUUUUUGCUUUCGGUUACUUACGCAAGGCCCUACCUAAAAGAAGAACAGCAGGAAGUUAGAGGUUAGUUACUGUUUAGAAGCUGCAAACAAAGAGAAUAUUAUGUGGUUGGGUAGGGCGAUAUUAUUUUGCCUUUUAUAACGACUACGAAAACGAAGUGCUUCGCUGUUGAGAGAACAGUGCCCUAAACCUUAUCAAAAAAACUCCCUGAGAAGUGCAUGCAAAUGAAAUUUCAUUGAACUGCGCGGGAUUUUCUUUACCCAAUUCCUAAUUGCUUUUCGACGUUUAUUCCCGUAUAAUGCAAAAAGAUCAGCAAAAUAACCCGGUGCAUGAGGGACAUGAACAACAAAGGCAACAACAUUAAUAGAAGGAAUGACAACAACAGUAACUGUAAGCACCUCCGUCUUUUUUCUAAUUGACCAAAGCCGUUUUUUUGGCACUUGGACCUCAAUUUGAGUAAAUGAAGGUCCUUGAAAGAUAAAAAUGUAAGUUGGUUACUCCCCACGCAAUGAACUUCGAGGCUAACUGAUUAUCAUAAUUUUCAUGAUCAAAAUUUUCUCCUUCUCUGCCUUCUAAUUUGUCUCAUCUGCUUUGAUUUAUGUCGGAAGAUUCGGAAGAGGACCUUAAUGAUGAAUACAUGGAAAAUGGUAAACAUCAAAAUUAUAAUGAAAGUAAAAAAAUAGUUAGUAGCGUAAUAGUGUUUAGAUUAGAUCCCUUUCGCUGAUCAUAAAGAGCUGUCAAUAUGUGUGAUAAGGCAUACACGUCGGCCGGAACUUUUAGUACAGCUGCACAUUGUCACGUUUCACUUUCACCCUCUAUUUUCAAUGUUUGUUUUCAUAAUUUGUUUUAAUUUUUUUUUUUUUUUUACUUCCUGCUCGAAGAUCAGGAGGAUGAAAUCGGCGAUGAUUACAAGGAAUUUGGUAUGAGUAAAAAUAACUUCCUUAUCGUAUAAAUUCAUUUUUUAUUCAUGUAUUACAGGCCAAGGAUAACUAUCACUACAAGUUAAAAAAUGGCAACGGCAAAAUAAAACUGCAAUCUGUUUAUUACAGACUGGAUAGGUUCUGCGCUUGUUGCAAAACCUUCUCAUUCCCAGUCAAAUACGGGCAGAAUUACCUCCGCGCCUCUGCAUCUUUGCUGAUUGUAAGAGUAAAUUUUUUUUGUCUUUCCCCUCUCUAGAAUUGGUAGACCCGGCGCGUGCAAGUGGUAUGUAGACAAGAGUUACAAAUUGUUUGAAAGAAAUAACCGACUAAAUCAGAUAGUUGGAAAAAUCUAUUCAACCACCCAUUAGCACACUGACACAUAUGCACUUGCUCCCUUGGUUGAAUUUAUUUCCUUAGUUCAAUUUAGUGUUUGUGUAACAAUUCACACCGAAUGUAUUCGUUUAUUUCGGUAGAAGGAGAAGGGGACGAGCCUGAUGAAACGUUAACCAAGAAAACAGCACUGCACAAGAUAGGCGAGGCUCCUAUAAUU